AUGCCCAGUCCCAGUUCAAGAGCUCCAGUAUCUCCUAGACCUCAGGCCUGUCCUUAUGAAGAGUAUGUGGCCAAUCAGCAGAGGGUGCUGGUCGGCUGCCGGUCAAAUGUAGACAAAGCUCUGGCCGAUGGGCCCAAACUGUGGCGCCAGAUGAUGAUUGGGUUCACGUGUGCAGGUUUUGUGGGCCUCAUCAUGCUGGUUCUGGGAACCGUGUUCAUUGCUGAGGCUGUGGGCAGGCAACAGCCAAUCACAGUGAUGCUGUGUGUCAUGGGUAUUGUGUUUGGGAUCAUUAUUUUGGUGGGAACCCUCAUCUUGGGGAAACUCCUCAUCUCACGUAAGUGGGUCAGGUGUCAAGGGGAGAGAACUGCAGUUCCGUCAGGUCAAUGCUUUCACACUUGUUCAGUAAUUUACAGCCCAUCCCUGGACCAGCUUGGGACCAGCGAGUCUAUAGUAGAACCACCUCCAGCCUAUGAUUCAGUGGUAUCUGUUGUGUUGCAUCCGGUUCCCAUGCCAGCAGUAGGAGAUAACUCUGACCACACCCUCGAGGAUCCAGACCAGAUGAUGGUCAUGGUGAUGCCGCCUAAGUAUGACGAGGUCACAAAACCGUUGCCUGCUUACUUGGAGGAGUUCCCUGAAACCAAAUAA